AAAAAUUCAACUCCUAUGGGCAAGAAGAGCGGUGACAGUUGGAUGAAAUUGUACUUCCGACUGGUACGAGAGUUCUACUAUGAACAGCGGAAAGUGCAGAUCAUAAGCAAUCAGUUGCGUCGAUACCGGGUCGUUCGCACACGGUUCCAGAAGGACAUCCAGCGAGAGGCCGAGCAUCUCCAGGACUAUAUGGAAAAUAUAGACCAUAUACGAGAAGAAUUGGAUCGCCUUGAGCGCACAAAGCAUUCGCUGACACCAAAAAAGAGGCAGCAACUAACGGCACUACAGAAGAAGAUGCCCGUCCACUCGCUGGAGGAGCGUGUGAGAAUAAUGGAGAUAUCGGAGCUAUCAGCGUGUUGGCCAUGUGGUCAGCCAGCAUUGGAGAAGCAAAUGGCCAAGAUGAAUGCCGAUAAGCGAGAGAUUAAGAGAAUCCAUAACAAGACAAUGGAAGCCAUAGAGGAUAUACGCAGCCUUGAGACCAUAAGGAAAUAUCUACAGAAGGACAAUUGCACCCGGAUCGAGAUUAAACCCUAUGUGAAUCGUGGCAACUGGUUGGAGCCAACAACGGCCGCCGACACUCAAGCGGAUGUAAAGGCCACCAUUGCCUUGGAUCAUCUGCGAAAGAAGAAGGGCAAGGGCAAGGGCAAGGGCAAGAAGGGCAGGCACUUAACGCGGGAUGUUCUCGAGGUGACUCCUCGAAGUAUUCUACUCAAAAUACCCGAAUUAAUGCCCGAUAUGUAUCACUAUCUUGAUAAUCGGGGGAAAAAUAAUUUAUUAAGCAAGAAUUAGUCUACUUA